CCGCAGCGAGACCGCAUCAUGCCUGAGCCAGCCAAGUCAGCGCCCAAGAAGGGCUCCAAGAAAGCCGUGAGUAAGACCGCCGGCAAGGGCGGCAAGAAGCGUAGAAAGACCAGGAAGGAGAGCUACGCCAUCUACGUGUACAAGGUGCUGAAGCAGGUCCACCCCGACACCGGCAUCUCGUCCAAGGCCAUGGGUAUCAUGAACUCUUUCGUCAAUGAUAUUUUUGAGCGUAUCGCCGGCGAGGCGUCCCGCCUGGCUCACUACAACAAGCGCUCCACCAUCACUUCCAGGGAGAUCCAGACCGCCGUCCGCCUGCUGCUGCCCGGGGAGCUGGCCAAGCACGCUGUGUCCGAGGGCACCAAGGCCGUCACCAAGUACACCAGCUCCAAGUGAGCAACUCAGCUUUCUACAAACAAAGGUCCUUUUCAGGGCCACCCACUUUCUCAGUAGAGCU